GGAGGAGCUUACAAUAUAAGGCGGGGAUUAUCGAUCAGGGCGUUGAUAAUAAUGAUAACCAAUCGGAGGCGGGAAAUCCGGAAGAGGCGGGCCCGGGGAGAAUGGCGGACGCGGCGUAAGCCGGAGAGAUGGAGUUGGACUCGGAUGACAGUUCUCCUGAUGAAUAUUAUUAUUAUAACGAUGAUGAUGAUGAUGAUGUUGAAGACUAUAGAUUUUGGGAUGGUCUGCCUACUCGGGGGACGUAUUGUGGCUUCCGCCCUUCCUUCCUUUACUCUAAGGAUUUUCCACCUAUCCCGACUUGUAUAACAAAAGAGCAGGCAGAUAGAAAUGCUGAAGAACUAUUAGAGGAGGAAAAGAGAGAGAAGGAGAAAGCGGAUAAGAAGAGGCUGAAAAAGAAGAGACAGAAAGAUCGUAAACGUCAGCAGCGUCUGAAGGAGGAACCAGCGGGGGAGAACCUUGCUCCAGUAGAUGGUCCGAGAGCCCCGGUCACUCAGGACAUGGGACAAGAUGAUAUCGGUGAAUUAGGGAAUGAGGACGAUCUGGAUCUCGGAAGCUCGUUUGUUCGUCAGGCACAAAAAAAGAUGGAGAACAAACCAAAGCCAGAAAGGAGGGAACGAAGUAAAGAGACCUUGCGUGAAAGAGGACCUAACAAAUCUCAGGACGGCAUGCGCGAGAGCAUGGAUCCACAGCUAGAAAAGGUGGCAGAGAGUCCACCAGCAGCACAGAGGAAUGAACAUCUUUUGGAUCAGUAUAAAGUUCAGGAGAGUUUGGAUUUAGCAAAUAUAGGGAAUAAUAUGGCCAGCAGGGGGCGUUAUGUGGAGGCGUUACAUUAUUAUACGGAAGCUGUUAGGAUUAAUCCCAGCGAGUACAGGUUUCUGGGGAAUCGCUCGUACAGUCAUGAGCGCCUCGGCCAUUAUAAGGAGGCGCUGCAGGAUGCUGAGAAGUCUCUAGAGCUGCAGCCGCACUUUAUAAAGGGACAUUUCCGGAAAGGAAAGGCCCUGAAGGGACUGAAGAGAUACUCUGAGGCCAUUACAGCAUUCCAGCGGGUCUUAUCAUGUGACCUCAAUCGCGUGGAGGCGGCGCAGGAGGUAGCGGACUGUCAGCAGAAGCUGCAGAUGCUGACGAUGUCCACAAGGAAAAUCCUCCCGAGUAACCCUCCUCUGAGCCAGCAGCCGACUCCACCGGGUUCUUUAGGACAGAAUAGUAGAGUGUUUCGUAACACGGUUUACACAAGAUCUAAUGGAGGACACUCCGCACCCAAGGCUGCGCCCCAUCACGUGCCUCCACCGAAGCCAGUCAGCAGCAUACUCUACCCCAUCUGGGUUGGGAACAUCACCAGCAGGAUCACGGAGGACGUGCUGCGAUCGCAGUUUUCAGCGUUUGGUGCCAUUCAUUCCCUGCGUAUCCUGUACACCAGGACCUGUGCCUUCAUAAACUUCGCCAGUAAAGACGCCGCAGAGGCCGCCUUCCGAUCCCUGCAGGGCCUGAUCAUUGAGGGAACCACAUUAAAUCUACAGCUGCGGAACCCCGAGCACUCCAGCCUGAACCCUGGAGGCAGCGGAGCCAGAAAGUCGGGGAAGUGAGGGGCAGGCGUGGAUCCGACACCGUGGAGGAAGAGGGGGGUCACAAUAAAGGAGUCUUUAU